AUGUCCAAGACGUUCAUCGGCAACGUCAAGAGUGUCCUUAGCGGUGAUACCUUGGUGUUGACGAGCCCCAACAACCCCUCGGCUGAGCGAAUCUUGUCGCUUGCUUACGUCGGCGCUCCGCGUUUGAAACGAGACGGCGACGAGCCCUUUGCUUUCCAGUCCCGAGAGUUCCUCCGAAACCUCGUCGUUGGGAAGCCAGUCCAAUGCACAGUCCAGUACACCAUCCCCGCGUCCGGAAGAGACUUCGGUACCGCCAAGCUCAAGGAUGGCACUGAUCUGCCCGACGAGUUGGUCAAGGCUGGCUGGCUCAAGGUCCGUGAGGACGCCGGCCGAAAGGACGACUCGGACGAGGCUCAGGAGAGGCUCGAGAAGCUCCGUGCUCUCGAAUCCCAAGCCAAGAGCGAGAACAAGGGCCUCUGGGCAGGUGUCGGCGGCAUCAUCAACGUUCAGCAUGACCUGGGCGGCCCCGAGUUCAUGAAGGAGUGGAAAGGCAAGACUGUGGACGGCAUUGUUGAGCGGGUUCUCAGCGGCGACCGCAUGCUCGUCAGGCUGCUGCUCUCGGAUAAGAAGCAUGCCCAGCCCAUGACCCUGCUCGCUGGCGUCCGCACGCCGUCGACGGAGAGAACGCUGACGUCGACGGGCACGACUCACCCGGCCGAGGAGUACGGGAACGAGGCGCGGCAGUUUGUCGAGACGAGGCUCCUGCAGCGUCUGGUCAAGGUCGAGAUCGUCGGUGCCAGCGCACAGGGCCAGCUGGUGGCCAACAUCAUCCACCCUCGUGGAAACAUUGCCGAGUUCCUGCUGCAGGACGGCCUCGCCCGCUGCAACGACUUCCACUCCACCAUGCUCGGCGAGAAAAUGGCCGCCUUGCGCGCGGCCGAGAAGCAAGCGCAGUCCAAGAAGCUUCGCCUUCACAAGAACCAUGUCGCCAAGGCUGACGGUGGCAACCAGGAGAUGACGGUGACCAAGAUCCUUGGCGCCGAUACCAUUCUCGUCAAGAACAAGACCGGCGCCGAGAAGAGAAUCAACUUUUCCAGCGUCCGCGGGCCCCGUGCCGGCGAACCGUCCGAGAGUCCCUUCAGGGACGAGGCCAAGGAGUUUUUGCGCCAAAGGUUGAUUGGAAAGCACGUCAAGGUCAGCGUCGACGGAACGAAGCCUGCCACGGAGGGCUUCGAGGCCCGGGAUGUUGCCACGGUGACGGAGAAGGGCAAGAACAUCGGCCUGUUGCUGGUCGAGAGCGGCUGGGCGUCGGUGAUUCGUCACAGGAAGGAUGACACCGACAGAGCGUCAAACUAUGACGAGCUUCUAUCGGCGCAGGAGAAGGCCAAGGAGGAGCUGAAGGGCAUGUGGUCCGGCAAGCCCCAGAAGGCGCAGAAGUUUGCGGACCUGUCGGAGAAUGCGCAAAAGGCCAAGAUUAUGCUGGCGACGCUGCAGCGGCAGAAGAAGGUCCCUGCCAUUGUCGAUUUUUGCAAGGCUGGCUCGCGUUUCACCAUCCUGAUCCCUCGGGAGAACGUCAAGCUCACCAUGGUUCUCGGAGGCAUCCGCGCCCCUCGAGCGCCGCGCGCCGAUGGCGAGGGCGGCGAGCCGUUUGGCAAGGAGGCGCUCGAGCUUGCCAACCGCAGGUGCAACCAGCGCGACUGCGAGGUCGACAUCCACGACAUGGACAAGGUCGGCGGGUUCAUCGGCGAACUGUUCAUCAACCGUGAGAACUUUGCCAAGGCCCUCGUCGAGGAGGGCCUCGCUUCCGUUCAUGCCUACUCUGCCGAGAGGUCCGGCAACGCGACGGAGCUGUUUGCCGCCGAGACGCGGGCCAAGGAGGCCAAGCGGGGCCUCUGGCACGACCAUGACCCUUCGCAGGAGGAGAACGGGCACGAGGAGGAGCCCGAGGAGAUUGUCGAGGUGGCCGAGGUGACGCUUGACAAGAAGCCGACCGACUACCGCGACGUCAUCAUCACCAACAUCGACGGCAAUGGCAAGCUCAAGAUCCAGGAGAUUGGCAAGGGCACGGCGGCGCUGGAGACGCUGAUGAGCGAAUUCCGCAAGUUCCACCUCGACUCCAAGAACGGUAAGCCUCUGGCGGACGCGCCGAAGACGGGCGAGUUCGUAUCCGCCAAGUUCUCGGCCGACGGUCAGUGGUACCGCGGCCGUGUCCGGGGCAACGACCGCACGGCCAAGAUGUCCGAGGUGCUGUACGUCGACUACGGAAACAGCGAAAAGGUUGCGUGGUCUAGCCUGCGACCGCUCGAGCAGUCCCAGUUCGGCGUGCAGAAGCUCAAGGCGCAGGCCGUCGACGCCUCGCUGUCGUUCGUUCAGCUCCCGACAGGUGCCGACUACUACGGCGAUGCCAUCGGCUACAUCGCGGAUCUGACCGAGGGCAAGCGCUUGGUCGGCAGCUUCGACUUUGUCGACACCAAGGAGAAUGUGAACUACAUCACGCUGUACGACCCCAAGUCGGACAAGCAGCUGCCGGGCCUCAACGAUUCGAUCAACAAGGAGGUCGUCGCCGGCGGUUACGGCAUGGUUCCCAAGAAGCUCAAGGCGUGGGAACGGAGCAAGGCGUUUGAGACGUACCUGAAGCACCUACGCGAGGUGGAGAGCCAGGCGAAGCUCGACCGGCGGGGCAUGUGGGAGUACGGUGACAUUACGGAGGAUUGA